AUGGAUCUCGAGACCAGGGUGCAUGCCGAGGCCCUUUUGCUCAAGGCUGCCCGCACAUACGGCGUCCAGGUUCGCAGGGACGAGGUGCAACAGCAUCUCAGGCACGAUCACUACGGCGCCGCAUUGGCUGAGUGGGCGAGUUUGCAUCUCACGACGGACAACCUACUGAGCCCUGAUGAGCUGGCAAUAUACUCGUUGCUAGACAGGAACGGCCAGGUCGACAUUCUGGCCAACCUCCAUGACCUGUCCGAGGUGCAGAGCGUCACCGAGGACGAUAUCAAGGUAGCCAUUGAGGAGCUCAGGAGGUCCACCGAGAGCAUCACGAAGCAGAGCGAGACUCUUCGCCACCAGCAGGAUGCCCUGUCGCGUCUUGUCAGGAAGCGUGCUGAAAAUGAUGCCCGAAGACGGGACCUUGACCUGGAUAGGCAAAGCAAAUCCGAGUCGGAACGGCAGCGGGUUGCCGCAGAGGUAGAGGCAGCUUCGCAGAGCCUUGCUUUCCGCAUCUCUGACCUCGAGGAGCAAGGCGCCCAGGCGGGAUCCAACCUCAAGGGCACCCUGGGCGAGAUAUUCCGGGGAGAUGACAAGAUCUUGGCCAACCUACAGAAGCUGGGCUGGGAGCUGGAGCAGCCCGAUCCGGAUGAGACGUCCAAGAUUGACAAGCUGCGUGAAAUCUGCUCGCGCUGUAUUAGCCUGACCAAGAUUACGGUUGAGACAGUCCGAGCCAAACUGGACACCACCUACAUGGAGACGCUUGUGGAAGCUGAGCGCACGGGGCGUGUCAAACCUACGACGGACGACGAGGUCAAGGCGCUCGAAGCCGAGGUCGAGUCGUUGCACUCGGAAAUACUUUCCGUUGCUCAGAUAUCUGUGGAGCAGCAGUACCUCGAGCCGGCGCUCCAGACAGUCUCCACGGAGGGCGGCCAAAGUGCGAUGCGCACAUCCAAUGCCUUGGCCUAUAUUGACAAAUGUCUCGAUUAUCUAAUGGGCCGCCUUGAUCGAAUCCAAGAACGUGUCGAGACCCAUCUGUCACACCAAGCCGCCGCCGCAGCGCUCAUCACCACCGCCAAGACGGAGAUGGCUGUUGAGAUCCUGCCGCCCGUGAAGCAGUCGUCGUCAUCCGCGCCCGUAUCCAUCUUCCCAACUUCUCCAAGCAAAUCUGGAACACCUGCGCGAAAGCGCUCCAACACUGUUGGCUCUCAGCACCGCCGCAGGUCGUCUGGCGUCGUCGAUGAGCCCCCGCUCGAUACGCUCAUGUAUACCCUGUCGAUCCCGUCAUCCGUUUCUGAGGAGGCUGAUGUCCGGGCGAAGAUGGUGAACCUGUCCAAGAUUCUCGAUGAGAGAUGGAACAAGUACGACGAGAUUGCCCGGAAUGCGCAGGAGACGUUUGAGAUGGGCGCGCUGGCGCAGCUAAACGACACGAGACUGGCCAUUCAGCUGCUGCGGGACAGCGUGUUAGCAGAGAGCCCGUUUAAUGAUCCCAGGCUGGUCGAUCCAGAGAUUUCCGGCUCUAUCACUGUGUUGGCGGCAGAGGUAGAGGGGGCAAAGGACAGGCUGGCGGCCGUCGAGGGCCAACGAAGAGAUCGCAAGAGCGAGAAGAGAGACGAGUUUAUUGAGCGCUGGGGGUAG